AUGACUUCGCUUUCGUCGCGAUUGCGAGCAAUGUCGUCCCGCGACUCGCAAGCCUUCCUCCUCUGCGCGGCGUCAUUCCGCGCUUUGUUCCAUUCAAGAACAGUCUCGCGGAUGAUGGAUCGGGUACGAGCGCGUUCGGUAGGACGGUAUCUGUCCAAGUUGUUCGGAAACAGUGGGAUCCUGCCACUCCUUUGGAUCCCCUCCGACGCCACCUAGAGUCUCGUCCUGGGUGCAGAGCCCCUCGCAGCGUGCGAUGCGAGACCUCAUCAGCCGGAAACGACACCCGCGCGACUUUCUACGCCGAGUUCGAUACGUGGGACAACGCUCGUGCAUACAGAGAUUCCCUGCGUACCGAGCGAGACUUCCGUUACUCCGGACUUUCGUACACGUACAGUCGCCUCUUCCUUCCCUCCAAGUACACCUACCCGGUCUUCAUCCCUAUGACACAGUACAAUGUGCAGAAGGCCCAGUGGGACGAGCUCACCGGGACUUGCAAGCGGGAGAGCUGCGACCUCAAGGUACGCAACAUGCCAGACGGUAGGGUCAGGCUCAACGUACAUGGCGACGACCUCGAGAAGGUCGGCCUCCUGAAAGUCCGCGCGGAGCAGCUAGCUCGGGGAACGACGUUCAGCAUGUGGAACCGCCGCCUCUUCGAUUCUGCCACUGCCCAGAAGCUGACGGAUGACCUGCGCGACGCUACUGGUGCGCUCGUGAUGGUCGACAAGCGCAUUAAGGGUCUCCGUGCGUACGGUCCUGCACGUGCGGUUGAGCGGGCCCGCGAGCAGCUCGAGUUUUAUGCGGAGGAGUUGGCACGAAAGGAGUAUAUGAAAGAGCUCACAGCGCAGCGGACCAUCCAGUUCUUCACCGAGAUUGGGUACCCACAACUGAAGGAGACGUACGGCGACGACGCCGUCAUGCUCGAUCUCGUCUCGCAGCCGAGGAAGAUCACGGUCACCGGAGACGAGGAGAUUCGGCACCGGCUCGACAGACUCUUUGCAGACUCUUUUGGAGACUGGAGUAGCACCAAGGCCGUAUCUGACAACGAGCACACCUGCCCUAUCUGUAUGUCUCCGGCAACGGCUCCAAGCGCACUCGGAUGCGGGCAUGUCUACUGCACUGAGUGUCUCACCCACUUCGUCCGAAGCGCGCUCGAGUCGAACGCGUUCCCUCUCCGUUGCUCCGGCGACGAAGGCCAGUGUGGUGCGCCACUCCUGCUCGAGGCCGCGUUUCAUGCACACAUCGAACAGAACCCAAACAUCCUUCGACCGUGCAAGACGCCAGGGUGCGCACAGCUCUACUCGCGUAGCACGCGUGAGGACGGUUCUGCGACCGUCAAGUGCCCCGCGUGCUUCUCGAGCGCGUGCGCCGCCUGCGGCAACAACGCGCAUGGCGGCCGGACCUGCGCGGCGGCCGCGCGCGACCCGAGCGAGGACUACAUUAAUAGCCACACGUCGGGCAUCCGGCGCUGUCCGCGGUGCCAGACGCCAAUCUUCAAGGACGGUGGGUGCCAGCACAUCUCGUGCCGCUGCGGCGUGCACAUCUGCUGGCGCUGCCUCGCCACGUUUAGCACCGAUAGGGAGUGCUACACGCACAUGAGCAGCGCGCACGGCGGCAUCUACGAGCAGGAAAUGGACAUUGCAGAGCGCCGUGGGCACGUCGAGCCUGCGAUCCCCGCGGAGUUCAUCGCGGAAGACAGGCUCGCCCGGUUACAGGCAAGAGAGAUCGAGGCCGUUCGACCACGGGGCGUCGCCGCCGAAUUACAGCGACAACGGCAGCAGCUAGCGGACAGACGAUAUCAAGAAGACGCCGAGGUUCAGCGCAGACUCAGGCAACUCGACGCGACGCGCAGGGAACGAGAGCGCGCAGAGGCUGAGCGUGCCCGGCAGCAGCAGCGUGGAGGAUGGUGCGUUGUGAUGUGACCGAAGUAACAGCCGUGGCCCCACUUUGGGGAAACUGUAUGCCUGCGCAAUUACAGACCGUACAAUCCAUCACGUACUCUAGCAUGGCCAAAUGUGUAAAUACGAGAAUAAUAUCAGCUAGAUUCUCCUACAUCCCAUGGGGCAUUUCGGGAACGCAUUCGAAGCGAAAUAACAAACUGGGACUCUACUGAAACGUCACAAGAUUUAGCACCCCCGGGUAACGAGCAAAUUGGUCCUCAAAGCGCUUCCGCUGGGAGUCUGAUGCCUCCAGAAAGACGAGUCUCUCUACUCCACUAUUGUGCACCAUGCGCACCCACCAGUCAUCGCGCGCAGAGAGGAAGGUGACAGGAAAGUCAGAGAAUGUCAGCUUUCGCAAGGAGCGCGAGCCAGUAAUGGCAUCCUUCACGUCUUUGGCGACGCUUGCGUACUGCAGGAAGUGGAUCGAUUCCUGUGCUAUGAAUGCAUU